CCUUGAUAAAACACAUGAUUUACACAUUUUUGUUGUCAAUUGUGUUAGAUUUCAAGUUUUAAAUUUCACUUUAUUUCACUUUGAUUUUAUUUGUUUGUCGGCGAAGAGAUGUCUUCGGCAAUGAUUGAUCCAACACUUCGACAACUGAUCGCCGAUUGCCAUCACUUUGAGGCCAUAAAGUUCGGCGACUUUGUGCUCAAGACUGGCAUUCAUUCACCCAUUUAUCUGGAUAUACGACCGAUGGUUAACAGACCUAAACCACUGAAACAAUUAAGUGAAUUGAUGUAUAAGAAGAUCAUAUCAAUGAACAUCACUCACGACCUGAUCUGUGGCGUCCCCUACUCUGCCCUAUCGAUCGCAUCGAGUAUUUGUGUCCAAAAGUUUGUUAAUAUGAUAACAAAGCGAAAGGAAAACAAAGACUACGGAACUAAACAAUUGAUUGAAGGCCAAUACAAACCGGGAGAUCAUGUGGUGAUAGUCGAAGACAUUAUAUCCAGCGGUUCCAGUAUUUUGGAGACCGUUAUUGCCUUAAGAAGUGCGGGUCUGGUAGUGACCGAUGCGAUCGUAUUCAUUGAUAGGCAACAAAAUGGUGUCAAUAAUAUGAAAGAGUAUGGCAUUGAUGUCCACAGUUUAAUUGACGUAAAGACAGCUCUGGAUGUGUUAGAAGAGGAGAAACGUAUUAAUGGCCACCAAAAGUCGGGUAUCAUUGAAUGGAUUGACGCAAAUCCGUUGCGGAUUAACGACGAUAUCGUAAACGAAUGGAAACUCUUAUGUCUUCAGAAUAAGACAUCAAAACUGUUGUCGUAUGAAGAAAGAUCUCAAUUACCAGAAACACAUCCGUUGUCUCAACAGUUGUUUAAACUUAUGGUCCGAAAGAAAAGUAAUCUAUGCGUUGCCGUCGAUUUGACCACCAGUAAAGAGAUCUUAGAUUUGGCCGAAAAGAUUGGUCCGUCGAUUGUUAUGCUUAAGCUUCACAUCGAUAUCGUUGAAGACUUUGAUCACAAGUUUAUUGAAGAAUUGACGGCAUUGGCCGCCGAACACGAGUUCUUCAUAUUCGAGGACCGAAAGUUUGCAGAUAUCGGGCAAACAGUUGGCCUACAGUUUACUAAAGGUGUUCAUCGGAUCAGUAGUUGGGCUCAUAUAGUGAACGCUCAUCUCGUUUCGGGUCCCGGAGUUCUGGAGGGACUCCGACAGGGAUUUGAAAAGGACAGUAAUCGGGGCUGUCUUUUGGUGGCCUCCAUGAGCACUAAGGAUAAUCUAAUGAACAGCGCGUUCCCGAAGAGUGCCUACAAGUGGUCCCAAAAAUACAAAGACUUUGUUAUUGGGUUCAUCUGUCAGUCCCGAGUGUCGGCCGACCAGCGAUUCAUUCACAUGACUCCCGGCGUCCACAUCGAUGUGUCGGGCGAUCCGUUGGGUCAGCAAUACGUCACUCCCGAGGAAGCGAUUAAGAAGAGGGGCGCAGAUGUGGUGAUUGUUGGCCGAGGCAUCACCGGUGCCUCCGAUCGCGAGUUUGACCACACUUUACAACUCUAUCAGAAGCGGGCUUUUGAAGCGUAUCUCAACCGAGACUCCGAUUAAUGAUAAGCUUAAGAGUUUUGAUGGCAAUUGUCUUAAGUUUUGUGAAACAAGUUUUCAAAGCGAACGUUAUUUUUGUAUUAUUUUGUCACACAAUAUAUGAAUGAGUUUUUUAUUUGUUUUGAAUAAACAUUUUUUGCGUGAA